CUCUUCCGGUCCGGCGCAGGAAGGCGCCGGAAGUGGCGCCAUAGCGGCCGCGGCGGGGGGAGUUCGGCGGCGCCAUGGCGGAGGAAGUCCAAAAGCAUUCUGUGCACACACUUGUGUUCAGGUCUUUGAAGAGAACCCAUGACAUGUUUGUAGCUGAUAAUGCCAAGCCUAUCCCAUUGGAUGAGGAAAGUCACAAGGUGAAGAUGGCAGUCAAGCUGCGCACGGAGUACGGCUCAGUGCUGCACAUGCCCACGCUCAAAGAGAACCUGAGGGAGAAAGGAGGCCCCAGCACCGGGGAUCCCUAUGGACACAAACAGUACUCUGGAAAUCAAGGGCAAGAAGUUGAGUAUAUGGUAACUGGUACUCACCCAUACCCAUCUGGGCCUGGUGUGGCUUUGACAGCAGAUACUAAGGUCCAGAGGAUGCCAAGUGAAUCAGCAGCACAGUCCUUAGCUGUAGCACUUCCUGCUUCCCAGUCCAGGCUGGAUGCAAACCGGACAGCUGCUGGUGUGGGUGACAUUUACAGGCAUGCUGGAAUAUCUGAGCGUUCCCAGCCUCCUGGGAUGUCUGUGGCUAUGGUGGAAGCUGGUGGAAACAAAAAUUCUGCAUUAAUGCCAAAGAAGGCUCCAACCAUGCCCAAACCUCAGUGGCAUCCACCUUGGAAACUGUACAGAGUUAUCAGUGGUCAUCUGGGCUGGGUGAGAUGUAUUGCAGUAGAACCAGGAAAUCAGUGGUUUGUUACUGGCUCUGCUGACAGAACCAUAAAGAUUUGGGACCUUGCUAGUGGCAAAUUGAAAUUGUCUUUGACGGGACACAUCAGUACUGUACGUGGGGUGAUAGUAAGUGCAAGAAGUCCAUACCUCUUUUCUUGUGGAGAAGACAAACAAGUGAAAUGCUGGGAUCUUGAAUACAAUAAGGUUAUCAGACAUUACCACGGUCAUCUAAGUGCUGUUUAUGGCUUAGACUUGCAUCCAACAAUAGAUGUGCUGGUGACAUGCAGCAGAGAUUCAACAGCACGAAUUUGGGAUGUAAGGACAAAAGCCAGUGUGCACACGCUGUCAGGACACACAAAUGCAGUAGCAACUGUGAAGUGCCAAGCUGCAGAACCACAAAUUAUUACAGGCAGUCAUGAUACUACCAUACGGCUCUGGGACUUGGUGGCAGGAAAAACUCGUGUUACUUUAACAAAUCACAAGAAAUCUGUAAGAGCAGUAGUGUUACAUCCAAGACAUUACACAUUUGCAUCUGGUUCUCCAGAUAAUAUUAAGCAGUGGAAAUUCCCAGAUGGAAACUUCAUUCAGAAUCUCUCUGGUCACAAUGCUAUUAUAAACACACUGGCUGUAAAUUCUGAUGGUGUUCUGGUCUCAGGAGCUGAUAAUGGCACUAUGCACCUUUGGGACUGGAGAACUGGAUACAAUUUCCAGAGAGUACAUGCAGCUGUACAGCCGGGUUCUUUGGACAGUGAAUCAGGAAUAUUUGCUUGUGUUUUUGACCAGUCAGAAAGCAGAUUGCUAACGGCUGAAGCUGAUAAAACCAUAAAAGUAUACAAAGAAGAUGAUACUGCGACUGAAGAAACUCAUCCUGUCAGCUGGAAACCAGAAAUUAUCAAGAGAAAGCGAUUUUAGUGCGGCAGCAUACUACUUCUGUAAUUUUGUUUUGGCUUUCCUGAGAGCAUUCAGUCAGAUUUUGUUCUGCCUAGAACAGCAGAGCAAGAAGUCAGCUAAGUCAUUGCUAUUUCAACAUGUUUUAUAAUAAAUUUUAUUUCUCUUUCCUUCUGUCUUUUUUUGUUGCGAUUCCAGCAAACCAGUUGAAUCUUAACUUUGUGGAGCAUGUAUGGUUCAUGAAAAACAUAGGUGGCAGGUGGUUAUUUUCUUAGACUUACACUCAAUAGAUUCUUACAAAAAUAUUUUGAUGAGCUAGGUUGUCUGAAACACCCUUGCUUGACCUCAAAAGUUAAUCACAAAUUUAUGCAUAGAAGUCAUCUUCUGGAAGUUCCUUAGGGACGCUUUCAGAUUUUAGACCAAUAUUGUUUCUUGUACAUAGGCUAAGUACUAAGUUAGAGUUACUGAGUAAUUUGCAAACAAGCAGGACAGCACAAUAAUAAGGUAGUUUGCUUUAUGAACAUGGCCACUGAACAUUGCUGGUGCUGUGUUAUUGAAUGAAAUGGAUCUUCAGAGUGUAUCUUUCCCCAGGAAAGUGUUCAAAUGGAAGCACUCAUCCUCACUUAGUUAUUUCAGAGUGGGCUUUCUAUAGCAAGGACUGCUGUUGAAUCACUUUGUUUGCAGCACCAGUUGAUUUUCUUUGUAGAUGAACUGUUUGCCUUUGCCAGUUAUCUAAAGCAUAUAUGACAGUAGGGUGCAGUGAGUUUUUAAAACUCAGCUACAGGAAAAGCUCUUAAGUCAUUUAAGCCUUAUUUUACAGGUUGCUGUCUUCCCAUGAUCUUAGGAAGGAAUUUAAAAUGAACUGUUACUGAAAGGUAGUUUGUACUUCUGGAGGGACAAAUCUUUCAUUGGCUCUACAAAUAGUCAUGUAACAAGCAGUAAACACAUAAACCUCCUUGCUAUUGCUUAUCUGUGAUGUCUGUGCUGCUCUAAAGUACUUUCUCUUCACAGGGCAGUGUAGAAAAACAUUGUCAUCUGGCAAUUCUGUUAUUGGCAAAUUCGCUAGCAGUGUUAAUAGCUGCAUUGGCAGGUUUUACGCUGGGUAGAUGCUGAGAAUUAGUCUGUGGCCUCAUUGAUAUCAGGCGUUGAUAUCAAGCAAUUCACAAUAAUUAUUUCUAUUCUCUAGCAGUUUGACUUCUUUCAAAUCUAGGAUUUGUGUUAGAGAAGUGAUUUAUUUGCAAUGUAAUUUACAAAAAGCUAGUGAAAUUAUGUGUUGUUUAUAUUAUGACAAUUUUUGUCUUUUUUAUGAUACAUAGGAGGUCUUGUAUUUAUAAUCUGAAUGUUUGACAAUGUCAUUUUAAGGGAUUCCGUGCUGCAUAAAUAGCUGAAUUUUAGUUGACAGCUACUAUCGGAAGCAACUUCACAAAAUAGGAAGGGGAAUAUUUGGUAUUUAUGAGUUGGAUUAAACAUCUUUUAUUUGAGUGGUAAUUUGAUUUUUUCUGGAUCUUGAUUACGGUUCUUUCCAUGUUAACUAAUAUAGCAGUUAAAAAUAGAGAUUGUGGCGUAGGCAUGUUGUAUACUGCUGCUAAUGCUUCAUUCCAGAAGUCAGACAAUUAUUGGUGUUAUACAGAAUUUUGUUGCUCACAGUGAAAUCCUAUGCAGGAAACCAGAGCAGAGAAACAACUGAACUUGAAAAGAGGUGGGAUUGUUGAAGAUUUUUUUUGUUUCAUUUUGUUUUGGGAUUUUUUUAAGAAGUGUCUUUUUUUUUUUUUUUUUUUUGAUAGUUUGGAAUGAGGAAGGAGAAAUUACAUCUCUAGCUAUGGGCCACAAUUCUAGAACUCCUUUUCUGUACUGGCACUUUACUUUAGAAACAGCAUUUAUUUUACUCUUUAUCAUUUUGAAGAGAGAUCAAAAAAUCUCCUUAAGAACCCGUGUUUCUUCUCUGGACUUCUGCAGGAAUCUGGUAUCUUGGGGCAGUGGUUACCAAAGCAUUUCUUCUUUGUGCCCCCAGUAAAGGUUUUGUUUAUACAUUAAAGCCUGUUAUUACUUGGGAUAAUAUGUAUCCUUUUUGGCCCUAGGAUAGGCUGCCCCAGUUCAAAGUGUCGUUUUUUUAAACGGGUAUUCUUGAACAUUUGAUUGACUUGUUCAUUUCCUUCUCAGAAGUUUUUUCUCCCCUUGACAGUAAUGUGAAUAUCAUCACAUGUUUUUAUGUAAGCAUUGUUUGUGGUGCAUCAGGAUUAUCAGAUUUCAUCCAAGUACUUCCCUGGUGCUGAGUAAGUCUGGAUAGUCACACAUAGGCCUGAUCGUGUAAGGUACACAGUGACAUUAGAUUUGUCCAUGUCAGUCAUAAGGUGAAGCAAAAGAGGAGGAUCUGAUCUACUGCAUGGGUUAUCCAUGCUUCUGGAAAGGGUCACAAUGCAAUGUCAGUUUAAAUAAUCUUGACUGGGAGUCUAAUUACAGAAAAUAGUCACUGUCCUUAAUUCAUAGAAUUUGAUGUUCUCUUCUGUAUAGGCUCAAAUUGUUUCUACCACAAACCCUGAAAUUUGUUUUAUACUGUGUAUAAAAUUGCAGAGAACUUAGGAAAUGGGUUUUUUUUGUAACAUAAAAAAGUGUAACUGGUAAAAGUGAUGAAUUUUCAGACGACUCUUUGCUUAUACUGAGGCAUACAGUGUAAGCUGUGCAGCUACCAUGCUGUUGUGUUGCUGGCAGCGUGAGAGUUGUGCAGAACAAUAUGUAUUUGGCAGCUGAAAGGCUUACAGAAACAAGUGUCUAACAGCAGCUUCUUUUUAGGUUUGUUGGAUUGGAAUGAAAGUGCUAUACCUGAUGUAAGUGACAGCAAUUUAGCAAUCAAUAAAACCUUCCAUACAAUA